AUGAAGGGCGCAACGCUUGUGAUGUGCGCCCAAAGGAGGUUUGUCAGCGUGUACAACUUUUUCAUCUGUGUGCGGAAGGGCGGAGAGGCUACGCUGAUGAAAGAUAUCAAGCAGCGUUACGUGAGGGAAGUAACAAAAUACCAAGCGCACAAAAAGAAUGCCACAGAACAAAAAAAUGAAAAAGGCAAAAAAGAAAAACAUUUAGUUCGACUAGGCAAAUGCAAUGGAGGGGUGCAAAUUAAAUGCUCCCCAGCUCUCAUUUAUUUGCUAUCAUUAAAAUGUGGGUAUGUGGAAAGCAUAUGGCUGAACGUUGCGAAAAAUGCCUCCUGCACUUCCUUGGUCACACUGGAAGAGAUCAUCAAAAAGGUCCCAUGGCAUUCCUACAUUUCUCCAAACCAUUUGGAGGACAUCCCCUUGAAGGUCACUUCACGCAAGUCCAAGCUGUUUGACGUGGCCGAUAUUGGACGUGUUGUACGUGAGCGAUUAAAUGAGUUCGCUAGGUCAUACAAAGAGGCUCACAUGACAGGAGAGCACUCUCCAUCGCCACACGCAUGUCUUGUAACCCCUCGCUUGGAGGACCCCCCUCCGGAUACACAAACAUACGCAAACAAUGUGGUAGAAAACACAAACGAAAGGACAAAAAAAAACACAUGGAAUUUAUUAGCUAUUCAUAUUGAAGAUAAUUUAUGCAAUGUGGACAUCAAAUUUACCGGAAAAUUAUCUCCUCGAUUUUAUCAGUAUUGUCAUUUGGACCACCUAGAGAGUGUACCCAACUACGACAAAUGUGAUAAUGUGAAUUUCCAUUCGCUCUUCAAUAAGGACGUGGACAUUUCUGAUGGUCAGAUUAAGAGCAUCGUGCAGGAGAAUGUUCCAUUUUGGUCCAUAUUUGAGGAAAAAAAAAAAAUUCAACUAAGUGAUGAACGUGGCCCUUCUGCGGAGGAGGAAACGCAACACUAUUAUAAGUACAGCUAUUUUGGGGAUGCCCUGAAGAGGGAUUCACUCGACCGUCUGACGAGUCCCAAGGAGGUUUUACCACCAAGGGACGACUACCACAUUAACAGUCAUCUAAAUGGAAAUAAUGAUACACCUUACGUGGGUGAGCUUUCCAAUGGGGAACAAGUUGCAGGGGGGGAAAAAUGCACUCAUGAGGAAAAGGCAGAAGCAAACCCAACCAAUGCACUCGGCAUAUCACACGCCGACAACGAACGUGUUCUAAACUACCUGCGUGACAUGGAAAUAAAGAGAAUGAACCAUCACAAUAACAAUUUCUUUUUAAGUGACGACUGCUACGACGCAGCUAGCUGUAUAUAUUCUUUAGCUGUGCAAAAAUGUCUGAAGAAUCAAAAACAUGUAAAACUUAUUUGGGAUCCCUUCUGCUCCAAUGGCAACAUCAUCUUCGAGUUGUUGUUUUAUUUUCUGCGCAUUCCAAUUUAUAACGACAAGCAAAUUUUACCUUUCAUGAAUUUGAAAAUAUAUGACCAGCAAGAGUUUCUACACAUCUAUCGGUACCUUUUGGACAACCCAGAUGGUGCACAGAACCACCAGGUGCAGUUAAUCGGUACCGACAGUCGGAGCAUUAUGAUUGCUCAAUGCAAAAAGAACCUUGUCAGGUGCGCUUUGUACUAUAAAGACAUUUUUGAGAAAGUGAAGAAAAAUAAAAGGUGUACCUAUCGGGGCAAUUCUACGAACGAAGCGGACCUUUCCACUUCUUCUUCACGUGGAAGUUAUUUGAGUAGAAAUUCAUUUUUAGGUGGCGCGCUCAGGGACCAUGUGAUGGGUGAACAUGAGGCAGAGCAGGGGGGAGAGGACGGUGAGGUGGAAGUGAUGGGUGAGAGUUGCGCGCCUCCCUUUGAUGAAGCGGCAGAGCGGAGUUACGUCCGAGAUAUGGACGCGCUGCGCAGGUUGGGCGAGACUCCAAAGGGGGGAUUACCCCGGAGCGGCACCUCGUCAGUAGCCCCAUCGGAUGUAUCCCCAUCAGAAGCAGCCACAUCCGUAAUAACAGCCCCCGAUUUGCACACCACGUCUGUAUCCACCGCGGAGGACCUCAACUACAACUUGGAGUUCCCCUUGGAUGUAUCCUUUCACAAGGCCCACUUUUUCAACGUCGCGCCGUUUGUAAAGGACGCGAUAAUUAUAACAAAAAUUCCCCACUUCAGUUUUGUAAAGGAACUCGGAGUACACAAAAAAACUUUCACCCUGUACGAGCAGUUCGAGCAGAUGCUAAGUUCAAGAAGUGACUGGAAGGGAGUAUAUGUCCUCAUCAGGAAUCAGGUCUUCUUAAACAAAUCGAAAUUGGAGUGGAACAAAAUGCUGUCCUUAAAGGACUCUAAGGGUAGACACUUAACGUUACUCAGUUGGACGGGACGCAAAAAGAAUUUAUAUUCUUUUGCAACGGAGGACGACAAGUUGAGGGAGCUAGAAAGGUUUAGUGAGAGUCUGACCUUUGAAGCGUAG